AUGGCAGCCUCGGUUUUAUACGAAAAUUCCGAUAAAAAUUCGGAAAAGCCAUGCAAGCUAGGUGAUGCACCAUGUGUAGCACAGUGCCAGUCAUUCUUUGUUGUCAAUAUUGUAAAUAGAGUUGCCACUUUAGUCAUCCCCCUUCCCCAUCCGGCUGCUCUCGCAAAGAUGUGGAAGCGCUCAUUAUUAUACUUAUUAUUAGUGCAGCUAUUGAUAAGUCCAUCGCUACCGCGACGAGGUUUUCGGGGUAUUUCCGCAGCAAGAAGUUCAUUCCUCGGAGACGGUAGCCGUACAAAUUACUAUUCUGGAUCAAUGUCUGCUCGAGCUUCAAGAGGUGAUCACCCGUUUCGGAAUGCACUGCUUGGAGGAGCUGUAGGUGCAGCUGGUGGUAUCCUAGCGUUUGAGGCUGGAAAAUCGCUUCUGCACACAAACAACGGGGUUGCUGCUCAUACUUCACACAAUCGUGAUAGAAGACAUUGUUCCACGCUAAUGAAGGACCAUGGACAGCACAAUCGCACGCGUUAUGUGGUCUGGGUCUGCCCUAUGAAUUCGUACUGCUGCGGAAAUGAUUGCUGCCCUACGACAGAUUCUAAAGUCACUGAUGAAGAUACCAAACGGCUAGCUGUAGUUCUAGGGAUCAUACUUGUAACUAUUCUAGCCAUGUUCGUCAUUUAUUGCUGGUACAGUAGCAAACAACAGGAAAUUAUAGUGCUCGAUGAUCCCUCGAGAUACACGGUCAGCCACUGCUCUGAACAUCCGAAAGACGAUUUCUACAAAGCAAGUGAUGGAAUUUAUCGUAGCAGCCAUGUAGGAGCGCCAUUUCCGCACAACGGCUACAACUCGCAAGAUCCCAACUAUUACCUGCCCGGAUAUCCACCACCUUAUCCGCCAGCAUACCCACAAUGUUAUCCGUAUCAAAGCCCCACGUGCAGGACAGCUCCACAGAUUCCAACGGUGCAUAACCAGCAGCAAGAGAAUCCUAUCAAACCUGCUCAAGCUUAAUUUCAGAAUGACUUUCAAUUGAUAUUUUCAAUACUUUUGAAUUGUCGCGCGACAAAGUUCUGGAUUAUAAAAAGGUAGCUGAUAUACCUGAUUCCACUGGGUCUUGUCCAGACACUUGAUAUAAAAGGGCCUACCCUACU